AUGGCCUCGAGAACUUUCAGCACCCCACCUCGCACCAUAAAGAUCCCCCAUCAACACCGCCUACCACCCAACCGAAAGACCCCAUCGCCCCUAUUUUCAACCAUAGCGCCUAUCCCAUUACCCUCAAGUGAAGCCCCCAUAAUCCCAUAUCCCAAAUCUAUUAGACGAGAGAGUGCGACAUGCUCGACCGAGCAUAUUGCCCUUCGAAUACAAUUCCCAAACACCUCUGCCGGAACGCCUUUGCCGGAACGCCUUUACCGAAACGCCAUUGAUAAAGCAGUCGAUAACGAUCUUGAACGUCCUUUUAACGCCGCCGAGAAUCCCGCCGAGAACACCACCAGAGACGCCUUUCCACAAGUCAUCGGCUUACCUCUCCUAACUCAUCCCCCUACAAGCAUCAGGCAUGGCAAAAUCCAUGUCAACCAUGAUAUCAGUAUUAUGAAGACGAGUCCAGAUGAGAGAGUGCGACAUGUACAUACGAUACAUAUGAUGUAA